CCAGCCCCACGAGAACGGCUUAAGAUCCAAAAUUAGUGGCAGCCGCGCGAGCCUAUGCACUAAUUCUGCAAAGUAGAAGUGAAAUAAUUGACCGCAAGUAGGCGAAAAAGACAAAAACACUAGCAAAAAUGGCGCAUGCGAAUGCUACAGAAGUUGACGUGUGGAAUUUCCUCUUCGUCGAUUUGGCUGAUCCACGUACAAAUGAUUGGUUCUUAAUCAAGUCACCGAUGCCGAUAUUCUCCAUUGUGGCGCUUUAUCUGUACUUUGUACUGUCCUGGGGUCCACGUUACAUGCGCGAUCGCAAGCCGUUCAAAUUGGAAAAGACGCUGAUUGUUUACAAUUUCAUACAGGUGUUAGUCAGCGCCUGGAUGGUCUAUGAGGGUUGCGCUGCAUGGGGGUAUUAUAACUGGCGCUGUCAGCCUGUCGAUCAUUCGUUCUCCCCACGAGGCCUCAGGGAAGCGCGCGGCGUCUACGUCUAUUAUUUGGCUAAAAUCAGUGAACUAUUGGACACAGUUUUCUUUGUGUUACGCAAAAAUGAACGUCAGGUUACAUUUCUGCAUGUCUACCAUCACUCGGUAAUGCCUUUGAUUUCAUGGGGCACCACCAAAUACUAUCCCGGCGGACAUGGUACCUUCAUUGGCUGGAUCAACUCAUUAGUGCACAUCGUCAUGUACACCUAUUACUUCCUAUCGGCAUUCGGUCCCAAAAUGCAAAAGUACUUGUGGUGGAAGUCCCACAUUACCACAAUGCAAAUGGUCCAAUUCUGCAUGGUCUUCCUCCAUCAAACUCAACUACUCUACACCGAUUGCGGCUAUCCCAGAUGGACCGUGUGCUUCACCCUGCCCAAUGCCAUCUUUUUCUACUAUCUCUUCAAUGACUUCUACCAGAAAUCGUACAAGCAGAAGAAAGUGCAAGCAGAUGCUUUGAAUGCCAAGUGCGCCAUCGCCGCCGCUGCUGCCGCUGCCGACGCUGACACAACCAAACCCACAGUCACUGACAAUAACAAUAAUAUCGUUAAGAAUUUGAAUGAUUUGCCAAAAGCAGCGACGUGCGAUUCACAAGCGAAAAAGAAUCUGUAAACCACAGCUCAAAGAUUAAGGAGAAUUGAUACGACUCCAAGAACUGCCAAUAUACAUAAACUCAUAAGCGCAAACGCACACAACGAAACUUACCGUAUGAAUGUGGCCUCUCUUCCUGUCUCUCGAAAAGUUGUGUUAAUGGUAUUAUUUUUAAGUGCAAUCCAGUUACUCUUUUUUCACUACACUUAAUUUUGUAUGUUCCAUGUAUGUGCACAUAAGUGUACAUAUACCUACACUUGUAUGUUCAUAUUGAUAGUCCGUGUGGGGGUUUUUUAGUUCUUAGCUGUUAUGUUUGUGUAGUGUCUCGCACUAGAAAUUCCUUGCCAAUUAUUUUUUAAAUGAUAUUCUCGCUCCAGUUAAUGUAGAAAACGCUUCAAGUCAUAAGACAUAUGUACGUAUGUAUAUGUUUAAUUGAUUCACUUGAGAAAAAUCAUAAUGAUUUUUCUUAAUUGUCGCAAAUACAAAGCAUAUAAAUAACCAAUAGCCUGUAUCUUAAGCUAAGUCAGAACAAGAAAUGGUUGUAUACUCGUAUUUAUAAAUAUUUUAUGUAUAUAUAGUAUUAGGUUUUGUAAGAAUGUAUUUUAAAUAAAUGUUUAGAUUUAUG